UAAGCUUAAAGUUAUUUUGAUAACAACUUAGUUGUGUAAAAUUUAAAUUUAAUGUAGAAAUAACUAGUAAACUGAAGUUAUAAUAAUUUUUAAACGUCAAUACUCUAAUUUUUAUUCAAGUAAUUUAACAAAAUGUCGAAUUUUCCUCCAUCUCCUGCUAACCCUAACGUUCAAAAUAGAUUUGGACAAUAUCCAAAUCAGAGUUAUCCCCAAAUGCAACAACGACCAAGUAUAUAUCAGCAAGGAGCACCAAUGCAACAAGGUGUUCCACCAAAUGCUCUAAUGGGAUCUCGUGGACCACCGCCUCAAGGGUUUAGUCCUAUGAGACAUGGUACAGGUCCAAUAACACCAAAUCAACAAACACCAGGAAAGCGUCCAGCUGAUGCUCGAAAUCAAACUCCUAUGGGAAAAGGAGAUUUUCCUCAUAAUAUGCAAGUACAAACCAGCAUGAUGAGUAAAAAAAAGAAAAAAUUGGCUGACAAAAUAUUACCACAGAAAGUACGUGAUCUUGUUCCUGAAUCACAAGCAUACAUGGAUUUAUUGGCAUUUGAAAGAAAAUUGGAUUCUACUAUUAUGAGAAAACGAUUAGAUAUUCAGGAAGCAUUAAAAAGACCAAUGAAACAAAAACGAAAGCUCCGUAUCUUUAUAUCUAAUACAUUUUAUCCUGCUAAAGAACCAGGUGAAAAUGAAGAAGGAAGUGUGGCUUCAUGGGAAUUAAGAGUUGAAGGCCGUUUGUUGGAAGACUCAAAAAAUGAACCUACUAAGAUUAAAAGAAAAUUCUCAUCAUUUUUCAAGUCCCUCGUUAUUGAACUUGAUAAAGAUUUAUAUGGUCCUGACAAUCACUUAGUAGAAUGGCAUCGUACUGCUACUACACAAGAAACUGAUGGAUUCCAAGUUAAACGUCCAGGAGAUAAAAAUGUCCGUUGCACUAUUUUAUUAUUACUUGACUAUCAACCACUUCAAUUUAAAUUGGAUCAAAGAUUAGCUAGACUGUUAGGUGUUCAUACUCAGACACGACCAGUUAUUAUAAGUGCAUUGUGGCAAUUCAUAAAAACUCAUAAAUUGCAGGAUUCACAUGAAAAAGAAUAUAUUAAUUGUGAUAAGUAUCUAGAGCAAAUUUUCAAUUGCUCUCGAAUGAAGUUUGCUGAAGUUCCUCAAAGACUUAAUACUUUACUCCAUCCCCCUGAUCCUAUUGUAAUAAAUCAUAUAAUCAGUGUUGAAGGAGUUGAACAAAAGCAAACUGCAUGCUAUGAUAUAGAUGUUGAAGUAGAUGAUACUUUGAAAGCACAAAUGAAUAAUUUCUUACUUUCCACUGCUAGCCAACAAGAAAUACAGAGUCUCGAUAAUAAAAUCCAUGAAACUGUUGAAACUAUUAACCAGCUGAAAACAAACAGAGAAUUCUUUUUAAGUUUUGCUAAAGAUCCUCAGCAAUUUAUCUAUAAGUGGAUUAUCUCACAGACUCGAGAUUUAAAGACAAUGACAGAUGUGGUUGGAAACCCUGAAGAGGAGCGUAGAGCUGAAUUUUAUUAUCAACCCUGGACUCAAGAAGCUGUUAACCGUUAUUUUUAUUCAAAAGUUCAACAAAAGCGAGCUGAACUUGAACAUCAAUUAGGUAUUCGUAAUUCAUAAGUAUAUCUUUUAUCAUUUUCAUACUAUUAUGUAAAAAAAAAUAACUAUUGUGUGUAAUUACUACAAUGUCAAUAUUAAAAGAUAU